CCGAAGUCGAAGUCGAGUCGAACUGGAACAAAACAACUAACCGGGUCGCUGCUGCCGCCUCCUCAUUUUUCUACGAUUUUCUUCCUCCUGACGAAGAGACAACAGAUACCGGAGGAGAGAAAGUACUGUAAGAGGCUAAAGAGAUUGCCAGUAACGGAAGAGGGCAGAGAGAAGGAAGAUAAUUCACAAGAAGAUAAGACAGACAUUGCGGCCUCCUCCUCCUGCACCUCCUUUUCCCACCUCCUGACGAAGAGACAAAAUAUACCAGAGGAAAGACAUUACUAAAAGAGGCUGAAGAGAUCGCUAGGAAACGGAAAGCGGACUGAGAAGCAAGACAAAUAAAACAGCCUUUGGAAUUUGUUGGUAUGGGAAGUAGAAGCACCUGACACUACUGACCCUAAUCUUUCUUCGGCAGCAAUGUCUGUGUUCCGGCCGGGGCUGUUCAAGGGGAAGGUGGCUGUGGUGACUGGAGGGGCCACAGGCAUUGGCAGGGCCAUCACACAGGAGCUUCUUUCUUUGGACUGCACUGUUGUCAUAGCCUCCAGGAAGGAGGAGCGGCUAACAAGUGCCAUGCAGGAAAUAUGCCCAAAUGGCAAUAGAUUGAAGGCCAAAGUCUGUAACAUAAGGAAUGAAAGCCAAGUAAAUGAGCUGAUAUCCUCCACAGUGAAGGAACUGGGCAAGAUAGAUUACCUUGUCAACAAUGGGGGCGGACAGUUUCCUUCCACAGUCAGCAACAUGAGCUUCAAGGGAUGGAAUGCUGUAAUUGACACCAACCUCAACGGAACUUUCCAUAUGUGUCAGGAAGUUUAUCGGCAGUGGAUGGCACAGAAUGGUGGUGUGAUUGUCAACAUUAUUGCUGAUAUGUUUCGUGGCUUCCCGGUCAUGGCGCACACUGGAGCAGCCCGAGCGGCUGUGGAGAACCUCACCAAGUCUUUGUCAGUGGAGUGGGCUCAGGAUGGCGUGCGAAUCAACGCAGUGGCUCCUGGUAGCAACAUCUAUUCUCCAACAGCUGCCAGUAACUAUGGAGACAUGAAUGUGUUUGAGGCGGCACGCGGGGGAGUUCCCAUGAAGCGCCUCGGCACAACAGAGGAAGUGUCAGCCAUGGUAUGCUUCUUGCUUAGUCCAGCUGCUGCUUUUGUCACGGGGGCAACAUUUAGAGUUGAUGGUGGGUCCAGCCUGUAUGCCCCCCUUAUGUAUCAGAUUCCUGAGCACAAAAAGUUGCCUUCCUACUCCUGGACUUACACCCCGCCACAAGAGGAGGAGCAAAAGGAAAAGGAGGAGACAAAAAGUGCCUCCCCUAAAGCUAAGUUGUAGGACAGUAUCACCAGAGAAUAGUCUUUUAAUGCCCUGAAAGUUAAAGAUCAGUUCAUAGAUAUAGAGGACUAACAUGUACAUUCUGUAAAGCUUUAGAUACUUGAAUAAUCUUGGUUUGUAGAAUUUUAUAUAUAUACUAUAUGAUACAAUUUACAUAUACUGAUAUACUUUUUAAAGUUAAGGCUGUGAUGAUACAAGUUUUUCACAUGGGAAAGUAGAAGUAGCUGUUUGAUUACUGUUGUUAAUGUUUUUGUACAAAAUAGUUUAUCUACAUAUUUUUGUAUCUAUCAUCUUUGUACAUAUGGCAACACAAUAUCUUUGAAAUUUUCUGCAAAAAAUGGAAAAUAUGACAUGUUUGUUUAUUUUUCCACCAGUGCAGACCUUGCCUCAGUCUUUUCACUUCUCUUUAUCAUCCCUUUCAUCACACUUCCUGAUCCUUCCAGUUUACAAUUGUCCAAACUUGUAUUUACUCUGUAAUCUAUCAUCUUUUUAGUGUCAGACAUUAUAUUUCAGUAGUUUUCUUCCUAAAUUCGAAAGAUGAUUGUGUAGUCAUAUUCCUAUAGAAUUAUAUAUGUAUUUUCAAGGUUGACAAUCAGGGGAUAUUAUACAUAAAUCCUAUAAGAAAAUAGAUUGGCUUGGUUCAUAUGUUGUGACCAAUUGUGACCUUUGUGUUGGUUUUUCAGUGAAUUCAAAUAAAAGUUAAUAAUAA